AAAGAGCAAGUUAAAAUACACAUCAAAAUUUGUCCUUUUCAUAGCAAAAAUACCACGAGGCAUAGGAUUUUCCCGACGUUCCUACUUAAACUAGACAGCAUCCCACGUUCCUCUCCUGCCAUUCUGGUUGCAGUUCAGCAAAGCCUCUUCUUCAAUCUUCAUCUACAGAACAAGAUGACUGUCAAGGAUGUAUUGAAGAUUGAUUUCGAUUGUUGCAGCACAGCAACUUCAACAUACAGAACAGAUAAUCACGAUAGCUCCAGCUGUGAUCUUCUUGUCACCAUUGACAAAUCUGAAAGAGAUUAUCAGGUGACCAAAGAAGAGUUAGUUUCGAGUUUGGGAGCUCUGGGGAAGUCCACAAAACUGAAGAGUGUGCAUAGAAAAGAGUACAGUCCUUACACAACCCCUGGAGACCGAGAAAAGCUUCAAAAUUUCUUUAUGUAUAAAUAUGGCUUGAAGAUAAAAAGGGGAGGGAACCCGAAUGAGAAUUUUGCUUGGUAUGUAGCUCCAAAGGAGCAGAUUUUCAACAUACUUUCUCAUGGUUUUGUUAAUCCCGUAAUGAAUGAGACACAUGGCCGAGGCAUCCAUCUCACUCCAUCCAAGUUGGUCCUCAACUGUUUGAAAUCCACAAUUCCUGAUGCAGAAGGGUUGCGACAUCUCCUGUUUUGCAGGGUGUUGCUGGGGAAUGCAGAAGUUGUUCAACCGGGUUCUACUCAAUGCUAUCCAAGUUCCGAAGAGUUUGAUUCUGGGGUUGACAGUUUAGUUUCUCCAACAAAGUACAUUAUCUGGAAUAGCCACAUGAAAGCCCAAAUUUUACCAGAAUUAAUUACCAGCUUCAAUGUACUGUCAACAACUAAAAGAGUAGAAAUACCUGCACAUAUUUCAGCACUAUUUUUUGAACUUUCACUUAUGUUGCCUCAUGACAAGCAAUCGAUAGCAAAAUACCAAAAGGACAUUGAAGAAGGGAAGAUAACAUUGAAAGAACUCCAAUGGCAUUUGAAAAAUCUAGCAGGUAACAGUCUGCUGGUUCAAGCCAUUAAAUCCUGCAAGAAUAAGCGGAAGAAAAUGUUAACUUUCUCACCGCACAAGUCCUCAAGCAGCUAUUUUGACAAUUAGGGUGUACAACAUGUUAAUUUAACUGUAAUCUACUAUUCAAGUUACACAAUGUAUACCCAUAGUAGUAAUUUAACUAGAAACUAAAGUUUGGUUUCCAGUUCUCUAAAGCAUAAUACUAGUUUCUUAUAUCAUGCAUUCUUGAUACCUAAUUCAAUUAUGAGACUGUUGCAUUAAUUAUAUUGAGAAUUUGGGACUUCAUAAAUGCAGGUCAUGUUAACAGAAAAGAUCUCAAAGCCAGAUAUUUUGAGGUUGGUCAUUUAAAGUAACCAAUGUAAACUGUCAGCAUAACCACACUAAAACUUGUUUUCUGGGUACAACAUUAAUCACAUAAAUCACUGAGAAAACACAACAUUUAUACUGGUAA